AUGUCGACAUCGCUCAUCAAAUACGUAUGGAGACUUUUUCGCCAGAAAUGUUCGACAAGUCGAGUGAUCGUGACAUUGGUUGCGGCGAUCGUGGUGCUUCAGAUAGUGCAUUUACUUAUGCUGUCACGUGUUGGCAAUACCCGAGGUAGCCGUAAAAUGCCACAAAAGUCCACAGAUUCAAACCGCGCAAGAAAAGCUACCAGUCUGCCGGUGAAGCUGUCGGAGGUUGGAUUGGAUUCAAGUGGUAACUACCAGGUCCAUACCUUUCUUGUUGCCAGUGAUCUUAUUGAACGAGGAACGGUAAUGAAAGAUGAUGUAACUAUAGUAACGCAGUGCUCUCCAAAUCAUCUUCAUCUUUUAUUUGACCAGGCUGAAAUAUGGGCAGGUCCCAUUUCUGUGGCCAUUUUUGCGCCAAACCCCAACAUUACAGCCCUAUAUGUUGUGAUUGCCCAUCUCCGACAUUGCUCAUUAAAAAUACAAAAAUUUGCAUCUUUUCAUCUAGUUUAUCCUCUGCGGCAAAUGAGCCAAUCCAGGGGAUUUAAUAAAGAGAACUACUCCAGUAGGCCAAUCGAAAUAGCCAUGCAUUGCACCGAAGUGAAAGAUUGGAUUAAAAACUUUGAUAAUCUGGACCAUGAAAACUAUGUUUUGGCAGGAGAUGUGCCUUAUCCAAAUAAUCUUCUACGUAACGUGGCCUGGCAAGGCAGCGUAACAGAGUACAUAUUAGUAUUAGACAUAGACAUAAUUCCAAGCAGUGGAUUGCUCGCAUCAUUUAAAAGUUUCGACAGAAGAAGGAAAUCUCUCAGCCUGAGUCAUUUGGAGAUGGAAGAGCCACCUGAAACUGUAUACGUUUUGCCUGCUUUCGAAAUCAGGGAAGGUAUCGAUAGAAUUUUUACACCCAUGAAAAAAAAUGAGCUCCUAACUCUCUGGAAUGAAGGAGAUGUUCGUCCGUUCUACGAGGAAGUUUGUUCAAAAUGCCAGAUCCAUUCCAGUUAUACGAGAUGGCGAACCUUUGAGUCGGAAUCGCCUGAUAUGAUGAACAUUGCAUAUGAAUUAGAAUGGAAAGAUCCAUGGGAGCCAUUUUACAUCGCCAAAAGACAUAUUCCUAAAUACGAUGAAAGAUUCAAACAGUACGGCUUCAACAGGAUUAGUCAGGUUUGUGAAGUCCACAUUGCUGGUUACAAUUUUUCUGUUAUGGACACAGGAUUUGUUGUGCACAAGGGAUUCAAGACGUCAGCUGGAAUGCAAAAGCGAUUCAAGGAAAACGACCAAAACCUCUUGUUAUUUAGACUUUUCAAAGAAGAAUUGAAAACCAAGUAUGAAGAGUCCAUGCGGAGGUGCUACUGAAAUGAAUAAAAACUAAUUCCUGAUAGAUCUUAUGAUCAUUUCUCAUUUUAACUUUAAUGUGUAGAUAUUUUAACAAAUAAUUAAAAUAACAUAACAUUUUUA